AUGGCUGGAAUACAAGUCGAGGCUGAUUUGGCUGCCCUCAGUUAUGUCAAACAGCAGGAGGAUGAGAAAAGCACCUCCGAACAUGACCAUGAACUUGAUGGCGUCCACGAUGGGUUGGAUUUCCCCACCGAGGAAGAACGAGCAACACUGCGCAGGAUAUCCGACACUAUCCCUUGGAAUGCGUAUCUAAUCGCUGUCGUAGAGUUGGCUGAGCGAUUUUCUUACUAUGGGUGCCAAGUAGUGUUCACCAACUUUAUUCAACAACCCUUACCAGAAGGCUCACACACUGGUGCGGGUUUUACGCAUGGUCAAUCUGGUGCUCUUGGACGUGGUCAGCGAGCGUCCACGGGACUCAACACUUUCUACCAGUUCUGGGUCUAUGUCACUCCAUUGUUUGGAGCCUAUAUUGCAGAUACAUACUGGGGACGGUACAAUACAGUCUGUUUUUCUGUCUUCGUCGCCCUGGUUGGUCAUAUCAUCCUUAUCGUGUCGGCCGUUCCUGGAGUCAUAGAAAAAGAGAGUGCAAUGGGCGCAUUUUCAGUUGCGUUGAUUGUGAUGGGAAUUGGAACGGGUUUCUUCAAGUCUAACAUCUCACCUUUGGUUGCAGAACAAUACAGACGUAAGAAACUUUUUGUGAUCACGACGAAGAGAGGAGAGCGUGUUAUCGUGGAUCCCGUUUACACUGUUUCAAGGAUCUACAUGUACUUUUAUCUCUUCAUUAACAUCGGUGCUCUUAUUGGACAGGUCGCAAUGACCUAUGCGGAGAAGUAUGUCGGUUUCUGGCUCGCCUUCACUCUUCCCACUGUCGUUUUCCUCCUUUGUCCUCUCGUACUGUGGUUCGGCAGGAACAGGUAUGUCCGGAGUCCACCCACCGGAUCUGUCCUCGGUACCACCAUGAAGCUCUGGCUGUAUGCGGCGAAGGGCCGAUGGAGCAUCAAUCCAAUAAAGACCUAUAAGAACAUGACCGCUCCGGAUUUCUGGGAGAACGUCAAACCGAGCAGACAGGACCCAGGAAAGAAACCGGCAUGGAUGAACUUUGAUGAUCAAUGGGUUGACCAAGUUCGGCGUGGUUUCAAGGCUUGCAGUGUCUUCCUCUGGUAUCCUAUCUAUUGGUUGACUUAUAACCAGCUGAAUUCAAACCUGACAUCGCAAGCAGCCACUAUGACCACCAAUGGUAUACCGAAUGAUGUUCUGUCGAACUUGGAUCCGUUUGCUCUCAUCAUAUUCAUUCCGAUCUGCGAUAUAUUGAUUUAUCCUGCCUUGCGACGUGGAAGAGUCAAUUUUAGUGCAUUGAAGAAAAUUUGUGCAGGAUUUGCGACAGGAAAUUUAGGUGCUGCUGCGAUGAUUUGGUCGGCUGUUGAUGAAGUCGUUCAGCAUUACAUCUAUAAGACCAAUCCAUGUGGCUAUUCUGCCGCAACGUGCGAAACUAGAGAUGGAUCCCCUCUACUUUCUCCGUUGAAUGUCUGGAUUCAGACUGGCUCGUACGUCCUCAUUGCAUUCAGUGAGAUUUUAGCGUCUAUCACGGGUUUAGAGUAUGCGUUCACGAAGGCUCCCACUAAUAUGCGGUCUUUGGUAAUGUCAGUCUACACGUUCACGAAUGCAUUUGCUGCCGCCAUAGCAGAAGCAUUUGUAUCCCUGUCCGCCGACCCAUUAUUGGUUUGGAACUACGGCGUCAUGGCUACAAUCGCGGGCAUAGCGGGCAUAUUCUUCUGGUUUGCCGUCAGGAAGUUGGAUGCCGAGGAGGACAAGCUAAAUAACAUUCAGGAAGGACACGUUGAACCUUCGAAGCCGGAAGCGUAA